ACUUAACCCGUCUUUGAAUGACCAAAGGAAAGGCAUAGCAUUAAAAGCCUUCAAAGAACCAACGAUGAAUGACUCAAGCGACGAUGAUGAAGUCAAGCUUGUCAUGAAGAGGUUUUGCAAAUUUCUAAGAAAGAAAGAAAAGGUUGAGGAUGGCCCUGUGUGCUAUGGAUGUGGUGAAGCCGGGCACAUCAAGAACAAAUGCCCGAGAAAUGGAAGGAACACUCGACACUUCAAAAGGAAAAGGGCGUAUAUCUCUUGGGGUGGAGACUCCGGCGACGAGUCAACCGACCAAGAUGAGGAUGAAGUUGCCAACCUCUGUCUCAUGGCACACAAAGACCAAACCGACGAUGUACAAGAGUCAUUAAAAACACUUGGUGUUCGCCCAAACCAAAAACCAAGCCAUCCAGUGUUCGGCUUUAAGAAACCAGCGUUCGGCUUUCGGUUGUCGGGUUUGGUUUUUGGCAUCCGAACCAACCAAGUGGUUUUCAGCAUUUUAUGAUCUGCUUUCACUCUUUGGCAUGUUUAAACGGUUCUCCAACAAAAACACUUUGAAAACCAUCUCUCGUUUUUAGUCGUUUGACAAAAACCACGCAAAACGGCGUAAACUUGGCUAGCCGUGGUUUUUAAUCAAAUGAAGUGAUUUUU